AUGGAGCUGACGGAAGUACUAGCAACAAUACCCGCAACGGAUCGAUGGGCACCUGGAUAUUACCACUCGUUUGGGAUUACUGAUAACUACUUUAUUCUGUUCGAGACACCAGAACGCAUCAGCCUCAUGAAGCUCAUCACGAAGCAAAUAACGUCUAUGUCUUUCAAUGACUGUAUGUACUGGGACGGAAACCUCGGUGUCAAUGUAAUUAUUUUCGAUAGGAUCAACCGGAAGCGUGUAAAACGAAAAGUAACAUCGGAUGCCUUCUUCACGUUCCACCACGCGAAUUCCUAUGAGAAAGAUGGCUUCCUCGUUCUUGACUACGCAAAAAUUAUGAGUCCAGGCAACUUUGAUGAUUUACUGCUGGAACAUAUGCGUACCGGAGGAUUCCGUUCACCGGUAUGCUUGACGGCUCAUGUUUCGACAUCCCUAUUUUUUUCACAUUGCAGAUAA